UUACAACGCAGACCUCCCCCUGUGAUCUGCUUGGUGUAAAACUUAAAUGCGUGAAUCGGAAACGAUGCAUACGAGAGUAGCAAGCGCGGUGUGUUGGUUUGUGUCACAACUUCCUUUUCAGCUGCAAGCUGAUCAAGAGGCUCGAAAGAACACGAGGAAGAAAACAUCUCGAGCCAUUUUCUCGGCUUCCUUGCUGGACUGCUCAUCAUUUUGAUUGACAUGUCAAACCCAGUCAUCACUCAGCCUGGUGCCGGCUCUUAUGGUACAAAUGUGCAGACUGGAGAAUGGAGCACUGGUCUUUGUUCUUGCUGCAGUGACCUACUUGUCUGUGCUCUUGGCUGUAUCUGUCCAAUAGCUCUCAGCUGUUACACAGCAAACAAGUAUGGUGAGAAUGUAUGUCUUGCAUGUGUACCUGGAGGAAUGGCUGCAUUGAGGACACACAUGCGACUGACCUAUGGAAUACAGGGCACAAUUUGCAAUGAUGCUUUGAUGGCCUGUUGCUGUGGACUAUUUGAAACAUGUCGAAUGGCCAGAGAAAUUCGUAUCAGGAAUGGAGAGACCUAGACCUCUUUACUGUUUCAGUUUUAAAAUUCUUUUAUAUUUUUGAAAGCAUUCAAAUUAAACAUUAAUUAAUUCAUUAAUCAAUAAUCAUACCUUAAGUGCAAAUCACCUAAGUAUGGCAGGAGAAUUAAAACCAUGAUAGAAUCCGUAAACAUACAUUCUUUGGAAAUAAAAAAGAGAUGACCAAUACUGUUUACUUAUUAAAUAAUGUAAAGUGUGUUAUAUUACUGCAGUUAAGUCUUGAAUUUAAGACUGUAAUACUUGCAAUAUUCAUUAUUACAUUGUAUGUGCUGACAAUUUUGCUGUAAUGCUCAAAAUGUGCCAAACUGCAGCAUUAAUAUGUAACUGUACUGUACAUGAGCUGUUUGUCAUAUUUAAUAUUCACCUCAAACACAAUACAGUGGAAUCGUCUAUUCAUAUGAAAUAAAAAACACCACUUUUCACGUUUAUUUA